GUAAUUGUGUGCGUUAGUGACCAUAUCACAGAAGAUUGUGUUGAACAUGAGCAUUUCCGUGUCUAAACUCCUGGGAAUACGUUUCGUGCAUCUAAUACAGUGAUGGUCACUUAGUCAUGUCAAAGAUUGGACAAGAAGACAGCAUAUUGGAUACCCUGUUCAGUCUUCCAGCGUUACCAGUUCAAUCGGCGAGACAUGAUAUAUCCUAGAUAUCAGCUCUGCCCACAUCGUCAAUAUUUUGACUUACUCAAUUUAAGAUCAUUAACUAGCAGAAUAUAAGGAUUCAGAUAGUCAAAUUGGAAAUUGGCGCGAAAGUGAUUGUGAACCAGUGAUUUCCCGACAAGUGAAAAAUAUUUUAGCAGUGCAAACAAAAGUGCAAAAUAAUCAAGGAUCAACUCUGAAAAAACAGUUCAGCGUCGUGGCGUAUUUACGGGGUGAAAGCCAAUCUUCAACUUAAGGGUGAAUUAGUUGUAGAAACUAUCUAGAAUUCAAAGUUUUUGUUAACUUUGUUCGUCUUAUUUUCCCUUGUCACACGUGUAAUCAUCUCAUCUUCCGGAAAACCUUGACCCGUCAGAUCUAUUGGCUUGAUACCGAACGCAUAGAACCCAUUUUGUGUUAUACCAAGUAAAUAACGACCUCAAUAGUUUACCCUCAUCACGCUGUCUCCUCACUGAGAUUGAUAAUAAAGUAAUAUUAACAAACAGUAAGAGACACCUGCAAUAGCUACCACAACAUUGUAGUUGAACGAUACGAAAAAUCGAUUAAAUUCAAAGUAAAGCGAACGAGUAGCGAUACCUAAACACAAGCAACUACUCGCCCGGAGCGUAGGGUAGUUGACUACAAACUUUUCUUCUCGUUCAAUAUUAGCGCCAUAUCUGACGCAGGGUGCGGGCGAAUCUGCGCCCCGCCAAAGCAGGAUCCACAAGCCGGCACACUGUCUUUCGCAAGCUUCAAGAGUAGCUUUACCAGCAAUGUUAAUUUCCUGAAGCGGCGAUUCAGCUCGGGAGACUUGUCUUCUGAGUGUGAUGAUGUCGAUCCCAAAGAUUUACCACCAGCAGCACGUCCACAACCCCCUCUACAGCAGCAGCCAAUGCCCGGAGGACCACCAAAUAUUCCCCCGCCACCGGCACCCGGUUCGGCCGUCUCACCAGGACCGGUUCCUGGAUCAGCGCCACCCACCGGAGGGCCCGAACUGUCACUAAGUUUUGGCAAGGGACCCCAACGAGGAACUAGUGCACCCUCCAGCCCGGCCAAAUCACGCGAGAGUUUGCUGCAGCGUGUGCAGAGCUUAACCGGUGCGGCACGUGAUCAGGGUGCUUCAAUUAUUGGAGCAGCCGUAUCCAGCGCAGCAAGAGUGCAGCCAUUCAACAAGGACAAAUGCUUCACACUCCUAGUGCUAGACGAUCAGAACACUGAUUGGUCCAAAUACUUUCGUGGCAAACGCCUGCACGGUGACUACGAUAUACGGGUAGAGCAGGCCGAGUUCAGAGAAAUCUCUCUUACGGCCAACGCCGACGCUGGUCCCCUGGUGUCGUUCAACCGUGGCAGCUCCAAACAGCCCAAGUCAUAUCGGCCGGACUUCAUCUUAGUGCGCCAGGCACCCCGUGAUGGGGCAAAGGAUUAUCGCUCAACGCUGCUAGGUUUGAAGUAUGGCGGAGUGCCAAGCAUCAAUUCGUUACAUUCGUUGUACCAAUUCCAGGACAAACCAUGGGUAUUUGCCCAUCUACUGCAGCUGCAGCGUCGGCUCGGAAAGGAAGCGUUUCCCCUGGUGGAGCAGACAUUCUUCCCCAAUCCGCGUGAUAUGCUCGCCUGGCAGCGAUUCCCGUGUGUUCUGAAAGCCGGUCACUGCCACGGUGGCAAAGCUACGGCAAAGCUCGACAACCCUGGUGCACUACAGGAUGCCGCCGGACUGCUGUACGGCACUGGUCUCUCCGACAGCACCUCCUAUUGCAGCCUGGAACCAUACGUUGAUGCCAAGUUCGAUAUCCACAUCCAGAAAAUUGGCGCCAACUAUAAGGCAUUCAUGAGAAAAUCGAUUUCUGGAAAUUGGAAAACCAAUCAGGGGUCCGCAAUGCUGGAACAAAUUCCGAUGACAGAGAAGUACAAGGCGUGGAUCGACGAGGUUUCAGAACUGUUCGGUGGCAUGGAAGUGUGCGGCAUAGCAGUGAUCGUUUCCAAGGAAGGCAAGGAGUUUAUCAUAAGCGCAUCGGAUUCCACUUUCCCUUUGAUGGGCGACACUCAGGAAGAGGAUCGCCGACAUAUUGCUGAUCUAGUCGUUGGGCGUAUGCAGAACGUGUGUCGCCCAUCAAUGUUGACAAAGGCCACUUCACGCACAUCGAUCUCAUCCCGCGGUGGUAGCCCAACGGAGGAAAUGCCUCCGGUUCCGAUUGGAACAAGGCCAGCUCCGGUAGGAGGUGGUCCGCCGCCAAUACCCGAACGUACAACACCAGGUGUUGGAUCAAUCGGCCGGCACGGUAGCAUCAGCAGCCAGUCUGGUGAGCUUCCGGAUCAGCCUUUGGAAAAGGUGCCAACGUUGAAUAGCUUGGGACGACGUGACUCACAAGCUUCUCAAUCCAGCUCCGUCUCGGGAGUUUCUUCCGCUUCGGCUGCUCGCUCCGGCGUAAGCAAAGUUACGACCAUUCCUGGGCAACCAACGGUGUCCGACGAGGCCGAAGAUACAAUGAAGAAUCUCCGUAAAACAUUUGCCGGAAUAUUUGGUGAUAUGUAGGAUUUAGCUAAAAAGAAGAAACCACAACGCGGAGGUGAUAGCACGACCGGCAGUGCAACCGGCAGUAUACUAAGCACCCGUGAAAAUUCAGUCGAUACAGUAAUUCAGCGCCCUAUCGGGACAUCAUCCACAGCCGAGAAAGACCCAUUGGUGUGCAAUGGCACGGCCGGUCAGCUGCAGAAUAUAACAUCUUUUAAUAGUAAUGUAAAUAGCAGCAGUAACAACAAUAGAAUAGACAGUGUUUCUUCUUUUGAUAAAAAUUCUACAUUGAAUAAUCAUGCCUCCGCAACUGAAUCAUUUAGAACGGAAACGUCGAGUGCACAAGAAACGAAGCGUAUGGCAUACGAUCCUACAAUAAACGAGAGGAUCAAUCCAUUCGAUAAGGAUAAAAUAGCAGCUAGCCGAGCAGCGACAGCCGCUCCAACAACAUGCUCUUCGUUCUCUGGUAGUACUUUUACCAAUGCGACAACAAUUGGCGCUCCUGGUGGAUACAAUACCAACGCCACAGCGACAACAUUGUCUUCGUCAUCGUUAAGCCAACCACCAGCAGCGACUACAUCAGCAUCUUCUUCCUCUUAUUCCAGUACUUCUAUCAUAACCUCUAGCAAUAAGGGAGAUGAUAACGUGAAAGAUCGUUACAACACACAGCAAGGUAUCAGGGAUCAAUCACAAACAGGUCGCAUCGAGCCGCAGUCGAACGCUACUGCAAACCCGGCUGAUACAUCGACCACAUCAUCAUACUCCAGCGAAACCAAGAAACAGGAAUUUGGACGCACAAAAAGAUCAUCAUCGGAUGCGGAAUUAAUAUUUGGUGAUAAGGGACUAGACUUCUACAAGCCUCGCUUCAGCACUGCCGGUACAGGACGUGACUUCAAGCAAAGCAGCGAUUCAGUCACCGACGCGGAGCUUAUCUUUGGUACUAGCGCUGUUAGUGGUCCACCAUCGGCAUCAUCCACGACUGGCGGCAGCGCACCUUCAACAGCUUUCAAUCGUUACUCUUCGUACGGAAGUCGCGACAGUUCCAGCUUCAACAGUAGUGUGUCCGAUUCCGAUUACAUCUAUGCUAAAAAGGAAGAACGCAAUACCUUCGCCAAGAGUCUAUCGGUGUCCUCGGAAAAGGCUGAUGUUGACGUGACUGAACGGUUCCGCAGUGUUCCCAAACCGUACGAACCUCCCAAGAGCGCGACCUCCUUGAGUAGCUCUGGUAGCGGUAAGUGGAGUAACAAGUACGAUGAAGAGGAUUUCGACUUGAAAUGAGUAAUGUAAAACAAGUCGCGCCAAAACUUUAGCAAUUAUUUUCAUGGUACCUGUAUCGUUUGUUUUAAUCAUUACGAACAAAAUUAAUGCUUACCGUUUGUUAUUUAAGGCUACAUGAUAAUGAGCGUGCUUGAUACUCAUAUGCGGAUGUCAGAACUGUAUUUAAAAAAAAAACUAAUCUGGCAACAAAACUUGGAUAAAUGGUCAACUAAGUUAUAAGUUGUAAGAGCUAAUAUUCAACAUUACUGCAUUACCUAUUAUAUGACAUGUAAACUUAACUGUUGAGCAAAGAACAAAAUCGGCCUCUGAUGUUUCCUGGUUUCAUAGCUUAAUUCACAAACGUUCUCUGACAUUGUUUGACGAAUGAAGAUAUUCCAGGGUCGUCAAGAAGAUAUCAGAAAUUAAUGCCGGUCAGUAUACUGCAAAGUACACAAAUAUUGCGAAAAAGACAAUAUUUAUUUAGAAAAUAUUAUGUCCGUGAACAACAAGUAACAUGCAGGCUGUUGUUUGUACAGCACUGUGGGGGAACUUUGUUGUAUACAGUAUCAGAAGUGCUCAUAGACAAACAGAGAUAACAUGAGGAACAUUCACAGAUGAAAAUCGUCAUUACGCAAACACUAACGACAUGUGUAGUUUACAUCGACUUGGGCAAAGGUCGAUUGGCAAUGUAUCGAUUAUGUAUUUGAAAUACCGGGUGAAUCAGUUAACGGUGAAAUAUUCUUAAGUAAUUAUGUCAAGAAUAGAACACUACACGAACAAUCUUUAUCUAUUUGUCGCUGCAUAGAAAUUAGAAAACAACAUGGCCACUAAGUGUCAAAAUUGACAUUUACUAGUCUUCUUGUUUUCUAACUUUUAUGAAGAACGAAAGAGGAAGAAACUCGUACGUGCAGUACCCUAUGGAAGGUUAAAAAGCAAGUAUUCAAAUAUCAAAAUCCAAAUGAUCUGUUUGUCUGUGAUCAAAGUAAUCCUUGCAAACACUUUUACUUGAACUUGCCAAGAUUGCUAAUGCUUGAUGCGUGUAGCGUUGAAAAGGCUUGUGCAUGUCUCCAUUUGAAACAUCGUCCUUACGAUUGCAUUCGUGUGAACACGAAGGCUGAAAACGCUACCUGGAGAUUCAGCCUAAAUGAAACAAUAAAGGUAGUAAACUGUAGAAAAGAUUGCUGCUGUUAUUCUUUUGUUCUAAUUCUUAAAAAAAAAUGUAUUGACGUGUUUAGAUCCCAGCCUAUCUUCUUCCGCAGAAGAUGUUCCGUUAGUGAUGACAGCGCCAAUCUUUCUCUAUAGUUAGUUACCUAUAAUCAUGAGACAGAUGGCAUCUCCAUUGGAAUAAAAAGCAUUGCCUACUGAUUUCUUAUCACAUGUAUGUCUAUUUUUUAUUAAUGUACGAUGAAUAUGCAUAUCAUUGUUUAUGUUAAAUUGUAGAUUGUUUUUUAUCGACACCUUGGCUGAUGUUGAACUCAAUCUACUGCGACUAAAAACUUAACCAUUUAAUCAUAGUAACCCUAUAAAAGUAUUACAAUUGUUGCUUAACUGUUCAAAUCUAUUAAAUUAUUCAAACUUUUAUUGAUAAACGAGCAUUUACUAAAUUAAAACAAUUUAAUAGCUAUGCCAUUAUACAGCAAUACACAAAUUCGAAUACUUGUUGAUUUGAGUACAAUAGUUUUCUUAUUCUAAUUACAAAUAUCAGAUAAUAUGCGUUAUCUCAUAAUAAAUAAAGAUAUUCCAGAAAACCGACAGCCCAGUAAGCUAUUUUUUCAUCAGUACCUAAAAGUAUAAAUUAUCACCAGAAAUGAUCUAUCCAAGAUGUGAUUAAGCGGCUUACGUCAAGGUAUUUUAUUCAAAUUAUUUAGUGCAUCAAAUUAAAUUCAUAUUCACAAAUUAUCAAUGUGGAAUCAAAGACAAACAAACAUAACACAUUCAACAUUCACUCAUCAAAUUCAUCGUCGAAGAAACACUGUUGUUUUAACUAAGUUGGGCAAAUCACGAACCAGAUGGCAAUACUGAGCAAACAUCAAAGUCGAGCAAAUCCGAUGCGCACGCCAUAAUUGAUUGAUUGGCCAACUUAUGAUUAUUUAAAUUGAUCAGUAAAUCAGGCGACGAUAAAUUUACAAGUGUUAUGUCUGUUUGUCUUUUAUUAUUAUCAUUGUCUGUGGGUGUUUGGUAACAAAUUGAUGAUUGGCUCUUGGUUCAACGGCUAAACAUGUGAAUGUUAGAAGAGUAGACGAGAGGGAACGAAUUAUGAAGAUAAUGAGGGACAUCAACGACUGAAUUACAAGCAGUGGAUUUAUAUGACACAAAACAUCUAACGCGGAAUGAAAAAUAUGAAGUUUAAAGAAGAAAAUGGAAGAAAAAGCAUUAAGAAACAAAAAUAAGGAAGUCAGAAAAAUAAGGAAGCAAAAUUUAGAACUAAAAAGAAACAUGAAAGAAUAAGGAAGAAGGAAUGAAGAAACGAGGAUUGCCGUUCUAGGCAUAAUUGUCCCAUGUUACUUUCGAUAAAAAAAACUAGCGUCAAUUUGUCCCACUAGUUUCAGAAUCGAUUGGAUUUGAAAAUUUUAUCAAUGUUUUUAAAUGAUUUCAGCGUAGGCUACACUUUUCCAGAAGAGAAAACAGAUUACUACUUAUGUAAACGGUUUUUAGACUCCAUUAUCAUCAAAUGACUAUUUCAUUUUUUCAGUGGGACAAAACGACUCGAGUUUGGAUUUUUUCAUCAAAGGUAACAUGGGACAAUUAUGCGUAGAAGGGCAGUGUAAUAAGGGAAAAAAUAAGAAUGAAGAAAUAAGAAGAAAAGAAGAUAAGGGAUCAAAUAUUAAACCCGGGAAAGGUACUACCCUGUUCUACUUAAGAAAUUUUAGUAUUCGGCCAAACAAACCGUAAUCCGAACUUAUAUAGAUACCUGCAGUUGAGUGAUUCAAAUUUUGCCAUUUUCACUUUCCGGUGCUUAAACGAUUGCAUUUACCGUUUUAAUAACCCUCUCAGUUGUUUAGCUAAUUUGGAUGUAAUUUGAUUGUGCACACGUCAUUCGAAAUUUGUAUGAAAAUUACAGUACAAAUUGCAACUUUUGCAAUUUACUCUCACGCUCUCUUAUAUAUAGGAGAGCGUGAGAGUAAAUCGUCGAUUUCCCCUCUUGGGAAAAAAUGUUGCAAAAGGCAGUUUUUUUUUUAACUAAAGCGAAAUACAACCAAAUGAAGAAUCUACCGGAUAUAAUUAUGUCUUCGCAAUUUGAUGAUAUAGUUUUGAAACAAAAAUACUUCCCCCAUCCAGCUGGAGACUGCUUUUUCUCCUCGGUGGGUGGUUUUAUUGCUGGGGGGUGGUACGAGCACGUGGCUGUCUUUCUCGUCAAUGACUGGAUGACGGUAAUUUGAGCCUUAAAUAACUAGCAUCAAAUCGUUUCGCAACAAAGACGGUCUAUUUCCUUUCUAAAUUUCCUAUGCUACCAAUGUAUCUUUUUAUAUAUUUUCAGAGCUUAAUGGAAAGCGUUGCGAAAUGCUACUGUUUUUUAUACAAUCUUCAAACUGCGUAUGCUAACUCAAAUUUCAACCAAGUAAAACUUCAGGUUGAGUAUUAAAAUAGCAAAUGUCAUGUAAAAAAGGGCAGUAAAAAAGUCGAAAUAUGAAUCACUCUAAACCUACAGCAUGUGUCUUUCUAAUGAGCUACUGAAGAUCAUGUCCCAUACUCCCAUACCGACUGCAUACACCUUUUUUCGAGUGAAAGGCAUUUUUGUUGAGGUCGAAAUAUGUGUCUGUCAAAGUUACAAUCGAGUUGAUUUUAAUAAAAUUGUAUCAAUUCAUCCUGUAAAGAGGUGAAUACUUACUCACUCAAAUAACUGAAUAUGCUUAUAAUUUGAUGCUUUACUUGUCUAUCUGCGGUACUAAAAAAGCUCAUCAUUUGUCUUACAUCAUUUACAUACAUUAAUUGCGAAGGAUUUUAGACAGUCAUCGUCUAAAAUUGUGUUGUUUCAAAGACAAAAAAAAAACUGCACUGAUAUUCACACCUCACAGCUAGAAACAGUAGUUAAUUGCACGAACUAAUUUAGUGAUAUUAUAUUGAACAUUGAAAUCAACCAGUGAAGAGUAAUUCUCUAGUAAAAAGGCAAUGUUGUAGCACGAUCUGAUAUGGUCAAUGGUCGGUGAAUAUCAAAUCAAUUAACUGAGAACAUUUGAAUAAUUAUAAUACCAUAUACACUAUUAUUACUAAAUGUUGUUAGAGUAUUAUAUUACAGUUGACGAGUUUGAAUUGAUGAGCUUAAAUCUUAUUGAAGAUAUUGUUUUCCUUUAAAAGCUACCUAGUAUCCAAAACAAUUGGCAGAAUUAUAAAAUUGGCAAAUAUCACGAGCACGUAUUCAAAGGGAUGAAAAUUGCAAUGAUUCAAAAAAUCGGAAAACAACGUAAAGCUACCAAUCAAUUCAAUCUCAAUUAAAAGCAUUAAAUAUCGUAUGAUGACAAUAUUAAUAAGAUAGUUGAUAUUUACAUAUUCAAUAAUUGAGAGUCCUAAGACAGACGUGUUAUUGGAGAUUAUUAUCUAUCCUCAGCACUUCGGUGCGUCUCUAUUAUCAGCUACUGCAAUUUCACGCAUCUUCACUCUACUCGUAAAAAUCAACUCAUCCAAUACUCAUUUUCACCAUCAGUGGUAAAUCGGUAAUAGUACGUUAUAAACCUGACCCUUUUAGCCGAAAUAUUGUUAUCUAUCGUGAUGCAAAUCUGUUCAAAGACCCUAUGAAAAACAAGUUAGUGUCGAUCGUCAAAUGUGCACAAACUACCAUCAACCAGCAUCCCCCUAUCUUCUUAAAAACUGUUAGUGUCGUAAUAGUCACCACCGAACUCCAACUCUAUGUUUUACCUGUUUUAACAAACCAAAAUGGAAUCAACAACGAAAUUAUGCGCAUGGGAAAAUGCGAAAUAUGCUACCCCCUUGUUGGACUGGGUUCGACCGAUACAGCCAAUUUACACCAUCUUCAGGAAUCUCUCCACCACAACUGUUCCAUCAAAAUAAUGGAAAUAAUACGCUAGUAAAACAUAUAUAGAAAUACUGUUGUAAGUGUCAUAAAAAUAAGCAAAAAAAAACAAACAAAUAAGAAUAAAACCGUAAAUUAUGUUAUUGAACAAUAAAUGUGUGUACAACCAGCUAUCUUAAAUUACAAAUGGGAAUAUGAAAGUAGGUAUUGAACAAACAACAAUAACAUGACGGAAAUUACCGCAAAUACGGUGCAAGGCUAACAACAAACCAAAACUGCAAAUGCGACAUCAUAAAUAAAUUGAGUUCAAAAAUUA